CUGUGUUUGUUCGCACCAACAAUAUCCACAAUGGACCCCAAAUCUGACGUCUUCAGGCAAGACCCGCGCAAUAUUCAGGCCUGGCUAGUUGGCCAUGGACUCGCCUCGCUGGUGGCUGCGGUGUAUCUGAUCCGUGAGGGCAACAUCCCCGGUGUCAACAUCCACAUAUUCGAUCUGCACCCCGAUCGAGGCGGAGAGAUGGUCGUUUCCGGCAACGCAGACGAAGGAUACUCGCUUCCAUUCUACUGCCUGCCAUAUCUCCACGGGGAAGGAGUGAAGGAACUGCUGGAUCUGGUGCCGGACAUCAAACAUCCUGGCAAAACUCUCGCCGACGACGUGCGUGAGUUCCGAUUCCAGCUUCCACGGGCCCAGAAACACGCUGGCCCCCGAGCUGUAAGCGUCGAUGCAUCGGGCAAUCAAGCAGUGCUCACCAAAGGAAAAGGCAUCCAACUGGGUCUAAAGGAUAGGAUGGAAGUGAUCAAGUUUAUCGUGAGCCCCGAACAACCGCUGCACGCCAAGCGCAUCGACGAAGUCUUUGAGAAGCCAUUCUUCGACACCGGGUUCUGGUCCCUCUGGUCCACCACGUUCUCGUUCCAACCGUGGCAUAGCGCAGCGGAAUUCUGGCGUCACCUGCGCAAAUACCUGGAGGAGAUCCAGACGCUGCACGAGGUGGACAAGUGUACGCAGACACGCUUCAACCUCUUCGAAUCGCUCGUUCUCCCAAUCACCGCAUUCCUGAAACACGAGCAGGUCGACUUCCGCUACCACGCCGAGGUCAAAGACAUCAAGUUCUACCCUGACAGCGACCCGACGACCGUCUCAGAGAUCGCGGUGACAGAGGAUGAGCGCGACCACCUGAUCGAUCUGGAUCCGCAGGAUCUCUGCCUGAUCGACAUCGGCUUCUCGCGCUCGGGCGCCGUGAUGGGGAGCAACGAACGGGCGCCGCCCUUCCUUUCCUCCAACUGGGAGGACUCGCUCCUCCGCGAAUGGCGCCUGUGGCAGACGCUGGCCGACAAGUCGCCCAAAUUCGGCUCCCCGACGACCUUCCUCUCGCGUCCGCUCGAGUCCGGCCUCGAGACCUUCACGACCACCAUCCGUGGUCCCGCCUUCAUGAACCUCUACGACAAACUCACGCACGAUCAAACCGGCACCGGUACCCUGCUCUCGUUGGCGCAGAGCAACUGGGCGCUCACGCUCAGCGUCCCGCACCAGGCCCUCUUCGCGUCGCAGCCAGACAACGUCACCGUGCUGUGCGGCUCUGCCCUGCGCCCGGCGGAGGAAGGAAACUUCGUGAAGAAACCCAUGUUCGCCUGCUCCGGCCGCGAGAUCUUCGCCGAGGUUCUGGCCCACCUGCGCUUUCCGGCUGAGCCGAUCCUCGAGGACUCCGCCACUAUCCCCUGCGGCAUGCCCCUGGGCACCGCGCCGUUCUUGACCCGUGGGCCUGCCGACCGUCCGCUCGUCAUCCCCCGUGAUACCACCAAUGUGGCGCUCCUGGGCCAGUUCGCUGAGCUGCCGGAUGGAGACACGACGAUGAGUCUGGAUUAUAGCGUGCGCACGGCGCAGGUGGCUGUCGCCAAGUUGUUGGGGCUGUCCAGGCAGCCCGUGUCCGUUAAGAAGAAUCUCUUGCUUGAGGUCUUGGAUCUGUUGAUUUAAAUUCGGCGUGCCUGCAUUACUUCGCUGUUGAUGGUGUUUGGUACUGAUAUACGUGUGUCUAUUCCGGUAUAGUCGGUUUCCAUGCUGCGCGGGGGAAAAAGCCUGCACUUUAAGUUUUAUCAAGCC